AUGGACAUCCUCCCGGCCUUCCUCAAGGGCGUCAGGGAACACGUCGUCGCGGGCGACGGCGAGACCCUGAGCCAGUGGCUCCUGGCCGAGCCGGACUCGCCACCUGUCUACUUCGCCCUGGGCCAGGAGCUGCGAAGGAGGUACCCCAAGGCCGGGUCCGCACUGCGGACCCUAAUAGAGAAGAGCCUGCCCGAGGACGAUGAGCCGCCAGAGAGCGGCAACACCCCCUGGGGCGGCUUCCACGCCUUCGUCCACGAGUUCCUGGUCUACUGGCGCGACGUCAACUUUGGGGACCUCAUGGACGUCCACGAGCGGCUGCUCGCCUUGUCCACAGCAUGCGUGUCCGCGCUCAAGCACCCGGGCCAGGGCAGCCUCAUGGUGCAGACGAGCGUGUCGUACGCGCAGUCCAUGGUCAAGCUGGUCGCCGUGCUCAAGUCGCGCCCGGACCUGACCACGGCCGCGGGCGGCAAGAGCGCGGGCGACGAGGAGGAGGUGAGGACAUUUGUCGACGACGUCUUCGACCUCAUCAACGGCAUCUUCAACAACUGCGCCCUGGACCGCGCGCCCCUGCAGCCCGGCAACAAGAAGUCGGUCGUGUAUCUGGUCGGCGCCAUGGCCUUUCGGUUGCUAUUGGUUACGGGAAAGCCGCUGACGGCCUGGACCCUCAUCACGGGCGCCGAGCGCGCCCCGGCCCUCUCGCUCUUCCCGGCCGCCCAGCGCGUGACCUGGCUGUACUAUCUCGGCGUCGUCAUGUUCCAGAACGACCACUACCCGCGCGCCGUCUCCGCCCUGUCGUCGGCCUACCGCCAGCUGCCGCCGUCGCUGACCAAGCAGCGCCGCCUCGUGCUCACCCACCUGAUCCCCGCCAACAUCCUCUCGGGCCGCCUGCCCUCGGCCGAGCUGCUCGCCCGGCCCGAGGCCCGACAGCUCGCCCCCGUCUUCCGCCCCUUGGUCGCCGCCAUCCGCAAGGGGAACUUUGUCGCCUUCCAGCACGCCAUCGCGGCACGCCAGGACUGGCUGCUAGAGCGCGGCCUGCUGUUCCCGCUCAUGUACCGCGCCCGCCCGCUGCUCUGGCGCUCGCUCACCCGCCGCGUCUUCGUGCUCACCUACGUGCCCGACGCGGACACGGGCGGUUCGAGCCGCAAGGCCGUCACUUUGGAUAUAAACGCCGUCCACGUAGCGGCAACCUACCAACAGCGCCUCCUCGAGGGCUACGUCCCAGCCGCCCCGCACAGGGGUAGUGGCAGCAGCCACUUUGGCGGCGGCGGCGCCAACCCGCUCCUCAUGCGCGCCCUGGCCAACAACACGCCCCAGCCUCCCCCGGGCACGACGCUCGUGCCGGGGCCGGGCGCCGGGGCCGGCGGGCGGCGGUGGCGGCUGCGCGCGCACGAGGGCCUGCUGUGGGGCAACCUGCCCGCCGCCUACGAGCACGUCGAGGAGGCCGUCAUGGGCCUGGUGGCCCAGGGGCUCGUCAACGGCUACGUCUCGCACUCGGCCCGCAAGCUCGCCAUCCAGGGCGCCCGCGCCGCGGGCGACGCCGGGCCCGCCCUCGCCGGCUGGCCCGCAAACGUGGCCGACAUCAUCGCGGCCAGGAUCGAAGAGUCGGGCGUCGACACCGAAUGGGUUCCCGGCUGGGUCAAGUGA